ACUAGUUCUACUCAAGAUCCAACUAAUUUGUCCUCUUUUCACACUACCAAGCACCAACUUAUCAUCAAUAAUCUUUGCUCAUUUACAUUCCUUUCUACAUUAAACCACCCAAAAAAAAAGGAGGAAACCAAAGAAAAGACAUGGGAAUGAUAAUAGAUAACUCAUUAUCCCCUCUCCUUCUACUACUACGCAGCAUAAUCACUCCACUGUUUAUGUCAGCAGACAAAUCUCUCCUCUUUCUGUCUAAUAAAUCCAAGCUUCUUCAACUCCUACGUUGUCUAUUCGUCUCCGUUUUCCUCUUCAUCCUGCACUCUGUCCACUCUGUAUCUUCUAAAGUUGUUAAACAUGGUGAUCAUGGUUAUGAUCACGACGAGCAGCUGGUAAAUAGCAGUGGUACCACUAUGACUGACCGAGGUAGUGAUACAGCCAUUGCUCGGGCUAUUUACCAGCUGCUCACCCUCGUCAAUAGUAUCUCCACCAGCUCGAGGAAGUAUGAAGUUGUUCGUUCCUUGGUGGAGAAGCUGAUUGACGAGAACCUUAAAGAAGGGUCUGAAGCUCUUAGACAGGUCAAUUGUGUUGUUUUGUCUGAGGCUUUUGGUAAGACAAUUUCCCAGCUGGAAGCUGAUUUGUUGGACCAAGAGAGUAACCUUGGACAGAGUGGUUUUGGUGUACGAGGGGUUGUGAGGGCGGCUAAGGGAUGGUAUCGGGUGAGGGAAGGUGGUAAUGAGCCUGCAGCCAUGGAAAAGAUCGCGGCUGAGUUGCUGUGGUUAGCUCAUAAAUUGGAGGAAAGUGGUGGAGGAGAGGUGGCAGUGGAGAAAUGGGCUUCGGCUAAAAAUUUGGGUUGGUUAGCUGUGGCAGCUGAGCCGAGGAUCCAAGCUUCAUUGGUGAAGCUCACAGCUUUCUUGAUCAAGCAAGCUAAGGAUAUCAGUAAAGAACAACAAACUGAAGGAGGUAAAUCAGAGCGGCUAAAGCAAACGAAUAUGAAGAUGCUAACGACAUGGCUUCCUUUGCUGUGUCGAGCCAGCAAUGGGACUGAUGCACCAACCCUUAGCACCAUUGAACGAAGUGAACUCGAAAGAGCACUGGAAAAAAUGAUAGACAUGAUCGAGGAAAAAGAAAACCAAGAGAAAGUACUGUCUUUGUGGCUCCACCACUUCGCUCAUUGUUCCUCCUCAGAUUGGCCUAACCUCUACGGCUCCUACAUAAGGUGGUGUAAUGUCUCUCGCAAGCUCCUGCUAAAAGCAGGAUAAAUAAAGUUUGUUGAUGUACUUGUAUUAUUAGAUUUUGCACCUAACUGACUAAACUGAGUACUGUGGGUGUGUCAGAAUUACAUAAUUCCAGAUAUAUAUUGUUUUUUCUUGGGAAAAAUUAUGAGAAAAUGACUGAACUAUACGCCCUCAAA